CACCCUUCGUGUUUGGUGUACUGGGACGACAAAGAAGUUGAAGGCAGGCGAAUAAGCUACAAGCGAAAGUAAAACCUUGCUAAAUGAUCCCCCUUUUGACCAGAACCGAUUGUGUAUACGCUAUUGUAUGUCAGAUUCGAAACAUGGCGACAAUGCUGAGGUUCACCAAUGUCUCGAAGCAGAUUCGUGCCGUCCGUCUGGCUUGCGUUCACUCCGUGCCGAAACCGAGCGUGAACGAUGCAACAAAAAGGUGGUUUCCAUUAACAGUUGACACAGAAAGGCGUAGGAGAAUUAUCCAUAUGUCAGCUUCAAGACUGGAAGAGCACCCCUCUCACAACAAAAAUGAGCUGACAGAGGCAGCCUAUGAGAAGCUGGCUGAUGAGACGCUGGAUGCCCUGGCUGAUUACUUUGAAAACUUAAUAGAUGAACCUUUCACUGGACCUGACUAUGAUGUUGUGUUCUCUAGUGGCGUGCUGACAGUAAAAGUGGGGGAUGACCAUGGAACCUACGUGAUCAACAAGCAAACUCCAAACAAACAGAUUUGGUUGGCAUCUCCGACAAGCGGUCCAAAACGCUACAAUUGGACAGUUCAUGGUUGGGUCUAUAGUCAUGAUGGCAGAAGCCUGCACCAACUCCUGUCUGAAGAGUUUUCUGCCAUAUUCAAAAAGAACAUGGACCUCCUCGGCCUUCAGUAUUCUUGAUAUGCCAAUGCUUAUGUUGUCCUGUUAUUGCUAGAGUUCCAAAAACAACAAAGAGUAAAUAACAUCAAACAUUAUUUGAGCAUCUGUUUAUAAUUGCAGUCAACAGUAUUCAUAAGAUGUACUGUUAUCUAGAUGCUGCCAAGUGUGCUUUUAAGUAUGCAUUUAUGUUAUUUCGGACAUUGCACAUAUGUCAUGUCAUAUUGUGGUGUAAAUAAAUGGGCAAUCUCUAUGGAGUUUGCAUGUUUUCUGAAUUUG